AUGUUUAUACAGCAUGCCAGCCUUUCCUAGGUGUCUGGUUGCAUCGGUAGGUGAGAUCAUCCCAGUCCUCUCUUUCAGGUUCUAUCACAAGGUGCUUUCUUUGCAUGAGGAUUCAGCAACCCCUGUGUCUAACCCUCUGCUUGCAUUUACUCUCAUCAAACGCCUACAGUCUGACUGGAGGAAUGUGGUCCAUAGUCUGGAGGCGAGUGAGAACACCCGAGCUCUGAAGGAUGGCUUCGAGAAGGUGGAGCAGGACCUGCCAGCCUUCGAGGACCUUGAGGGAGCAGCAAGGGCCCUGAUGCGGCUGCAGGACGUGUACAUGCUCAACGUGAAGGGCCUUGCCCGAGGCGUCUUUCAGAGAGUCACCGGCUCCGCGGUCACUGACCUGUACAGCCCCAGCCGGCUCUUCGCCCUCACGGCAGAUGACUGCUUCCAAGUUGGCAAGGUGGCCUAUGACAUGGGGGAUUACUACCAUGCCAUCCCCUGGCUGGAGGAGGCUGUCAGUCUGUUCCGAGGAUCUUACGGAGAGUGGAAGACAGAGGAUGAGGCAAGUCUCGAGGAUGCCUUGGAUCACUUGGCCUUUGCCUAUUUCCAGAAAAGGGAGGAGGAUAUGGGCGGUCCAACCCCACGUGUGGCUCCCAAAACAUAUCUGUUCUCGGUGCAGCAAAUGGUCUGGUUCCUCUCAUGGAAGUUUCUGUUUGCCCUCAGCCUCUCCCAGGAGUUUCUUCGCUACAGCCCGGAUAAUAAGAGGAUGGCCAGGAAUGUCUUGAAAUAUGAAAAGCUCCUGGCAGAGAGCGCCAACCAGGCCGUCACGGAGGCUGUCAUCCAGAGGCCCAAUGUGCCCCACCUGCAGACCAGAGCCACCUAUGAGGGGUUGUGUCAGACCCUGGGCUCCCAGCCUACUCACUACCAGAUCCCGAGCCUCCACUGCUCCUACGAGACCAAUUCCAGUCCCUACCUGCUGCUGCAGCCCGUCCGGAAGGAGGUCAUCCACCUGGAGCCCGAUGUUGUUCUCUACCAUGACUUCGUCAGUGACUUGGAGGCUCAGAAAAUUAGAGGGCUGGCAGAACCGUGGCUGCAGAGAUCUGUGGUGGCGUCCGGUGAAAAGCAGUUACCCGUGGAGUACCGCAUUAGCAAAAGUGCCUGGCUGAAGGACACCGUUGACCCAGUGCUGGUCACCCUUGACCAUCGCAUUGCUGCCCUCACAGGCCUUGAUGUCCAGCCUCCCUACGCCGAGUAUCUCCAGGUGGUGAACUAUGGAAUCGGAGGGCACUAUGAGCCUCACUUUGACCAUGCUACGUCACCAACCAGCCCACUGUACAGAAUGAAGUCUGGGAACCGAGUUGCAACAUUUAUGAUCUAUCUGAGCUCGGUGGAAGCUGGAGGAGCUACAGCCUUCAUCUAUGCCAACUUCAGCAUGCCUGUGGUCAAGAAUGCUGCACUAUUUUGGUGGAACCUGCAUAAGAGUGGUGAAGGGGAUGGCGACACACUUCAUGCUGGCUGUCCUGUCCUGGUGGGAGAUAAGUGGGUGGCCAACAAGUGGAUACACGAGUAUGGGCAGGAAUUCCGCAGACCCUGCAGCUCAAGCCCCGAAGACUAACAUGUUGGCAGAGAGAAGUUGAUGAUGUCCCAUGUCUUUCCAGGCAAGCCAGAAGCCAAAGCGAGGGAUUGGAGAGGAGAAAGGAGAGCAUCCUUCUGCAAAUGGGAGGCAGGGAAGUGGUCUUUAUCAGGGCUCACCUGAGAAUUCACUGAGAAACCAUUCACACUGUUUCUUCUCCAGGCAUGGGCACAGUAGAAGGGACAAUACAAAGGGUAGGGCAAAAGGCUGGAGAGAGGUUUCUGGAGAUCAGAUAUCUCUGUUGGGAACAGGAUAUAUCAAUGGUCUCUGGGGCUUGGUCAGUGGGGCUUUUGCCUUUUUGAACCUUGACCCCAGGGUCCCAUAGGUGCAGUGAGGACACCUGCAGGAAGGGCUGGCCGGCUCCCCCGGCUUUUUGCCCUUCAGCCCACUGACUUGUGCUGAAGCCUAAGCAAUCAGUAUCUCCGUAUCAGGAGUGUACUUCAUAUGAAAAUUUUUUAAAGCAUAAAGCAAUUUUUUUUGUAUGACAAUUUUUAAAUACUGUUAUUAAAAAGGUUUACAAAUCAUUUC